UGGCUAGAUGUAUAGAUAGAUGGACCACAGACUUUUUGCAAUACUUUCCUAAGCCAUUGCUUUUGCUAUCAAAGAGCGUGAAGCAAGUGCAAGUAUUUAACCAAGACGCCGAUGAUAAUGUUGCCCAUUCCAGUUCCGAUUAUUGGAUCGAACAAACGGCUCCUCAUUCCGCUACUUUAUCUCGCAGCCACUGCCUCAUUUUGCUAUUUAUUUCUCAUCGCCUUGGUCAAAGUCAGACCCACGCAGUAUCACAAGGAAGAGACUUUGAAAGCCGCUCACACCUCUGACCUACAACGCCAUUUCCCUUUCAAUACUAAAUCUCAGCACAGUUUGCUAGACUUGCGUAGGAAAAAAACUUUCGAAAAAUUCAAGCGAGAAGUGGACACUGAUCUAUUUUUCGACGCAUACGCUGAGCAAAGAAUAAACCCCGCUGACCAUCAUCAAGUCAGUACUUUCAAAAGUAGGAAAAAAAAGCUUGAGACUUUGUCAAGUACUGUUCCGCCUAACGCCACGACGACAGAGCAGAAAAAUGGAACCAGGAGAAGUGAUCCCACCAAAAUUUGGUUUGGUCAUCAAGACCUAGACGAGCCAGGCCCCACAGUCGUUCGACCCUGGCCGAACGACCCACAAUGCAGCCGAUUCCAGAUCCGUUUUGCCAACAAAGGCGCAUUCAAACCAAGGGCAUUAUUGAGUUUUCCGGGGAGUGGGAAUUCGUGGCUCCGAUAUCUGAUAGAAUGCAGCACUGGGAUUUUCACGGGCAGCGUUUUCAACGAUACAAAGAUCUACUCGAUGGGAAUGCUGGGCGAGCUUCGGUCCCCCAGUGAUGGAAGUACAAUUGUUCAAAAAACCCAUCAUGACGCUCUUCGCUUCACCAAUUUCAAAACUAAACAGGCUUACGUAAAGUUGACCGAAUUAAUGUUUGGCUACCGAGGUAUUUUACUUAUAAGGAACCCAUACGACGCUCUGAUUUCUUAUUGGAAUUUUGUGGAGACCCGUGACCAUCGUGGACAUGCCAUGCAAGACAAAUUCAAUCUAUUCAAAUGGCAGACCUUUGUGCUGACGAUGGUUCCGAAAUGGUCCUCAAUGAUAAUGUCCUGGGUGGAGAACACCCAAAGUCUGUUAAUUGUUGAGUAUGAGCAAGUAAAAAAGAAUCCGCACACGCAAUUGAUUCGAAUUCUUCAGCACUUGGACCAACCCGUGGAUGAAGACCGACUGACUUGUCUACUCAAGCCGGACAAUGUUGAAGGCCCGUUCCAUCGUCGAGGACACAAGAACAAAACCCAAAAUUCCUUCUUCACUAAUAAUAAUCCGUUCCAAAUGGCGAUGGGAGAAUCUGCAACGAAAGAAAAAGAGAAAAACUUGCUGGAUUUCCAAGUUCCUGAACAGAAUUCCAAAUCUUGGAGGACUGACUCGCUUCUUCUGGAACAAAAUUCUUCUCGUCUCUUGUCCUCGCUUGAUCUCAUUGUUCAGGACAACAUCAAACAAAUCAAUCGCUUCUUUAGCGACAAGUACAUUCCCAUCUUUCUCAAUUACAGAGGUCCUACGACGACGACGACGACUAGUUGUUGCUCUCAGCAUAAAACUUAGUUGACUUUCUUUUGUAAGAGGCAUUCUCCUCCUCGUCGCCGACUGUACAAGUAUUUCCACUUUUAAACGAACCCUAUUGUUCCGUCCUCCUUGCUUCCUUGUGACCGCGGUAGCCGUCCCUCUGCAACACAAACUGUAUACUCUGUUGAACAAUUGCCUAGGCGUCGUACUCACACACGAAGGUGUCUGCAUAUCAGAUGGCGACUUAGUUUUAGGAUAAAUGUGUUGGAAGUUACCAUGCAUUAUGUUAUGUACAAAUUUUAUUUAGACUUUUUGCAGUUUUUAUUGUUAUUGUUUAUGUAUUUUUAGAGUAGAGAAACCUUUUCAGGAGGAAUGAAUGCAUGGAGCUUCAGCACAAUACAUAAUAAUCUACAGUUUCAUCGUGUAAUGUUAUGUGGGAAAAUUAGUAUCAUUAUUAUUAUUAAUAUUAUUAUUUUAUUGCUUUCUCAAACUCCACCUGCUACCUGUGCUCAAAAUGAAAGAACUAUUUACAAGAUUAUCAAUCAGAUAAAAAAAAUACAUUUUUAAAUGUAAACAUUUUUUUAAAAAAAAGCUUAAACCUUUGCUGAGUAAUAAAAACAAGAAUCCGAAUUUGAUUUUUUAGAGAAAUAUAA